AUGGUUCACUUGCCACAGUCUGUGAAGGAUUUCGGUCCUGUUCAUCAUUAUUCUACUUUCAACUUUGAGAGUGUUGUAGGUUCUAUUGUACAAUCUGUGAAUGGCCCAAAUUUAAUCGUUGCUGAGCUGAUAAAUAACAUCCGUCUCGUACAAUGUGCAACAGCUAAGCUCAAUACCACCAGUUUCAGCACAGAUCUCAUACUGUUUGUUCAUCGUCUUUUCGCUUCGAAACGACAAGCAUUACCAAAACAGACAGUUUCAAAUGAAAAUAAUUUUAUUCGUGCUGCUCGCAAACUGAAAUUAUCUGAUGAUCAUGUUGUGAUGACUCACUUACAGAGUACUCAACAUAUGAAAUUUACUCUGUAUGAAACGUGUUGGAAAAAAAGUGUGCAAUUCACCGUGUAUGAUCCUAGUUCAACAACCCAAACUUCUGAUUCAUGUAUAUUGUUCAGAAAUCUUCAAAGUGAAAUGAAUUGUGGAUUUAUCGUGGCUAUUAUUUCAAAUUCACAGCAGAAAAUUAAACUUAUAAUCCAUCAAGUACACAUUGAUCAGCAUGAUGCUUUCACACUGGGUAACAAACACAUAGUUAAUCCAUUCGUGUUUUGGAGACGUCUAACGCAUCCACCCGGGUUGGUAACAAUCAAUAUUGAAGAUAUCAUUGUAAAAAUUGCGUACAGCAAAGUGAAAAAUAUCUUUCAUUUUUAUCAAUACCCAAACAAUGUUGAGAGCACUUGA